CCGACAAAGCCGGCCUGAGCUGAAGCCGCCGAUUUCUGGAGUGUCCAAGUCUGGCUCAGUGCACCGGGCGAUGGGGGUUGCUCUUUAUCUCUGUCUCCUUCUGUCCUGUCUGGCAGGCGUGCGGUCGGACAUCGUGCUGACACAGCCCGCGUCAGCGGUGGUAAAGCCCGGGGAGUCCCACCGACUGACCUGUGCAGUCAGUGGGUUCGAUCUCAGCAAGAAUGACGUGAGCUGGGUGAAACAGGUCUCCGGGAAAGGGCUGGAGUGGGUGGCGACGAUGGGCUCUAGCGGUGGCAAAUAUUACGCGCCUGGAGACAAGGGCCGAUGCGAGGUUUCCAAGGACAGCAGCACCGUCUAUCUACAAAUGAACAACCUGAGACUGGACGACACGGCCACCUAUUACUGUGCGAGUGUGCUUAACUACUGGGGGAACGGAACCUCGCUGACGGUGACUUCAGAUGUCAAGUCCUCACCAUCAGUCCACAUCACCUCUUCCAGCAGCAUAGAAUCUAACCAAGAGGUCAGCCUCCUUUGCCUGGUCAAGGACUUUGAGUCUGUCAGCAUCAGUUCAAUGUGGUCCACUAACAGUGGAGAGAUCACAACUGGAAUCAAGGAGUACCCAGUCGUCUUGGGGCAAAGUAUGAAAUACAUGAUGAGCAGCUUGCUCCGAGUUCCUGCAACAGAUUGGAACAGCAAUAAAGUCUACUCCUGCAAGGCAGGAUACAAGCCAGAUAAAAUAAAGCAAGCUGAGGUGCAGAAACGUGAAAUAAAAACUCAAGCUCCGGAGAUCAGCUCCCUUGUUCCAACCCUGAAGGAUGUCCAGAUUCAAAAACAAGCUAUCCUGGGCUGUUUGAUAUCCGGAUUCUAUCCCCACAAUAUACAGGUUUCCUGGAGAAAAGCUGGAUCAGUUCAAAUGGGUACUCCUCUCCGUUUUACAAUGAGAAACUGCUCUUUCUUUGAAACCAUCAAUUACCUGAUGGUGCCAUGGACCAAUGGAGACGAGUAUACUUGUGAAGUGACCCACACACCUUCUAGUUUCAGCAAGAGCAUCAGCAUAACAUAUCAAAAUGAAUUGUCUGUCUUUAUUCAAAAUCCUGGCAUUGAGGAGAUGUGGAUCAACAAGACCGCUAUCCUGAAGUGCACCAUUAUCUGUACUGAGCCGAGCAAGGUCCACAUCUCUUGGGAGGUGAGCGGGAAGGACAGAACUAAAGAAGCUGUGACCCAACCACCGGAGAGGGAAGGGAUCCAAAACACAGUGAUCAGUGAACUCCGGACCAGUGUGGAGGAGUGGUUCAGUGGGGUGGAGUAUGUGUGCUCCGCUCAAGCGCCUCCUCCAUCCACACCAGUGUCAGCAGCAACAAAAAGUACCAAAGUAAAAACAAAGGGUCCCAAGGUCAGACUGCUGCCUCCACCACAGGAAGAGACUAAGAAUAGGAGCACAGCCACCCUUGAGUGUGUGGUCUCUGGAUUCUACCCCGACCUUAUAAACGUCACCUGGGAGAAAGGCAGCUCCGUGAUCACCGCCAACACCAGCGCUACACCAACUGCUCUGGAGCAGGGGGCUACUUUCAGUGCCAGCUACUUCCUGACCGUGAGCUUACAGGAGUGGAAGUCAGACUCAGUCUUCAGCUGCACAGUGACACAUCCCCCCUCCAACACCUGUAUCAAGAAGCAAGUGAAGAACAUCCAAGAUGAAUGUUCAGAUACCCGCCCCUCAGUCACUUUAAGCAAACCUUCCUUCGAAGAGAUCUGGACGAACAGGAUGGUGACCUUUCUGUGUAAGGUGGUUCACAGUGAUUUACAGGGAUUCAGGGUAACCUGGCAGGUGGACGGAGGGAAAAGAGAAGAUGGGGUGUGGACUCAGGGUCCACACAGCGACAGAGGUGAAGACACGAUCACCAGCAGACUGACAGUCCCUGCUGCAGAGUGGGACAGCGGGGCUGAGUACUUGUGUCGGGUGGAGGACAAGAGUUUGCCAACGCCAGAGAAGAGAUCCAUCAAGAAGGACACAGGUGGUGUUGUGACUCGUCCUCACGUCUACCUCCUCCCCCCUUUAUCGGAUGAGGUAGAGACAGAUCAGAUGGUGACCUUGAUGUGCCUGGUCACCAAUUUCUCUCCUGCAGAGAUCUACGUGGCCUGGAUAGCCAAUGACACCCUUCUGAAGACAGGGUUCGUGAACCAGCUGGUGACCAAGGAUACCAGAAAUGGCUGGAACACAAUGACCAGUCAGUUGAAGGUUUCUCCAGAGGACUGGAAUAGCGGCACCACUUUCUCCUGUGUGGUGGGACAUGAGUCGAUCACAACCAGUCUGUUCCGAAGCAUCAAUAAAUCUCACAGCAAACCCACCCUGGUCAAUCUCUCACUUGUUCUGACUGAUAGUUUUAAAUCUUGUGUAUAAAACCACACGAUUCAAUCAAUAAAACCCUUGUUUUGAUAGUUUUAUGAUUAUUAACUGUCACAGAGGAUAGUUUAACUCAUUAAAACAUGAUCAAAAUUUGGACCUUUUAAAAUAAUUACGAACAAAAUUAGAAUCAAGAAUCCAAUUAAGCUACAAACAUGAUUCACCACAAAUCUCGGAGCUUCUGGGUCCCGUUUCAGACCUUUUUCUGCCAUGUUCAAAAGGAUUUCAAUACUGUGUGGGAUCGCACUAGGUAUUAAAUCUUUGUAUGUGUCAAUGUACUGAUCCAAGUUCAAUAAAUGUGACAUGAAAAUG